CACCUACUGGCUGUUCAUACCUUAAUGUAACACUAUGUUACUCGUUCUAUUAGAUUGUACUUCUUGGUUAACCAUUCCGAAUGCAAGAUGUCGAAUAUGUCUAGUGAAGUAUCUAUGAAUUCUGAGAAAAAAAAACAAUUUGGAGAUAGAAAAUUGACAGAUGCUAACUGUGUUUUUGAACAUAACGCUUGGGAUAACGUCGAAUGGAAUGAAGAACAGCAACUACUUGCUCAAGAAAAGGUAUCAGAAAAUUCGGUUAUAACACUCAGUGAAGAAGCCCUGAAGGAAUUCCACAUUAAUGCUGUUGAAAAAUGGAAUAAAUUCUACGGAAUUCAUCAAAAUAAAUUCUUCAAGGAUAGACAUUGGCUUUUCACCGAGUUCCCAGAAUUGGCUCCAUCAAUAAAGGGCGAUGAUUCUGAAAUCUCUGAGACUGUGCCCUCAAAAUCUCGACUUGAAAAAAUAAAGAAUACAAGAGAUGAAUUAAACGAUUGUCAAGAAAAACAAAAAAUCUUCGAAAUUGGAUGUGGAGUAGGGAACACAAUUUUCCCAAUUUUAAUGUACAAUUCUAAUCCAAAUUUGGUUGUAUAUGGGUGCGAUUUUUCUUCGACUGCCAUCGAGAUUUUAAAGUUGAAUCCGGAUUAUGAUGAGACAAGAUGCAAAGUUUUUGUGUUAGAUGCUACUACAGAGAAUUGGGAGCCACCCUUUCGAGAAGAGACUCUCGAUAUCGCUCUUCUAAUUUUUGUGUUGUCCAGCAUUGUACCUGACAAGUAUGUAUAUAUUUAAAAGUUCUCUAAAUUC